CUCUACUUAAGUAUGAAGUGCCUAUGACGAAAGCUUAGGGUCGUUCCCCAACAGCUUACCAAUCCCGCCACUGCCGCAGUAUGCGAGUACCUUAGGUAACUAUCUAGAGGUACGGAGGUAAGCUCUCAUUUACCUCUAAUUCACCUAAUCCCCCGUAGCUCGUCAAUGAUAAUCCUUCUGUGUUUUUACCUAUGAAUCAUCAAUGAAAUGCGAAUGAGUUAGCUACAAAUACUCUGCCUAUUGCACAAAUUGUCUUUUACUUUGGCACCUAAAAUUCGCAGAACUAACCAGCUUCAAUUACCCCGGAUUCGAUCACCCCCGCAUCGGCGGACCCUCUCUGGACGUUUAGCGGGUUCAUAUACAUCACGACCGUCGCAGUCCGAUCGCAUUGCAGGUCUUACAAAGUUUAAAGUCCCAACCAAUCUUCCGUCAUCUCCCACCCAAGCUGUAUAGAGUACCAUCGUUUUCAACGUUUUCUAUAAUGGCUUGGCGUAGCUCGGGUAGAUGUAACAAGUCUCUAGUUGAGAACUUGUGGACUAACGGGAUGAUCAAAUCGGAUCCGGUAAAAGAUGCCUUCCUAGCAGUGGAUCGCGCGCACUACGCGCCGUCAUCACCAUACGAGGACUCGCCGCAGGGAAUUGGACACAGGGCGACGAUCAGCGCGCCGCACAUGCACGCCAAUGCCGCGGAGUCUUUACUUCCUUAUCUUCUUCCGUCUAAAAGCGCUACUAGACGACCGCGCCGUGUUCUAGACAUCGGCAGCGGAAGCGGGUAUCUGACACACAUAUUCGCAGAACUCGCCGGUGGCAAUGCCGUCGUCGUCGGCGUGGAACACAUCGCUGCAUUGCGGGAUCUCGGAGAGUCGAAUAUGCGGAAGUCGCCUGAGGGGAGGGAGUUGCUGGCCAGUGGACGGGUCCGGUUCCGUGUGGGCGAUGGACGGAAGGGGUGGGUCGAGCCCGAGACGCUGAGUACAUCCUCAAUGUCCCCAUCUGCCGCUGAAGCUAUUGAGGCUGGUAAGGCUGUGGACGGGAAGGACGCGCAUGGAAGGAAUGUGGGGGGCGCGGCGGAUGAGAGUGAUGCACAGGGCUGGGAUGCCAUUCAUGUUGGUGCAGCGGCCGCUGAGCUACAUGAAGACCUUGUGAAACAGCUGCGGAAACCAGGUCGUAUGUUCAUCCCUGUUGAGGAUGAGGGUGGUAUGCAGUAUAUCUGGGUGGUGGAUAAAGAUGUGGACGGAAACAUUGAGAAAAAGAGACUAUAUGGGGUGCGGUAUGUGCCUUUGACAGAUGCGCCCAGAAAAUAAUUAAAGGCGUUUCGAUCUUGACGCAAGGCAGCCGUAAGGAAUAUGGAUUAUUUGGUCUGUUAUGAUACCUUGAUAAAUUACGAUGACUUACCAGUAUCCCAUCGUGACAGGCCUACUGAGGGGAGUUAUGGAUACUGUGAAGAGUGAUUAAUUGAAUACAAAAUAUGGAUUGAACACAA